AAACUGUUACGCUUUGUAUUCGUUCGGACUUUGUCUUGUUUGUAUGCAGUUUGAACACUUACCAUCCAGCAUUCAGCAAAGGUCUUUAAGUUCAUGAGUUCGAGCAAUAUCAUCAAUAGAUAUUGGUCUUGCGAUUUUCAGGGUCUUAUAACAAAGAGGAUUCUCGAAUCAAAAUCUGUCGUUGGCUAUUUGCCACACGUUUCCCAAGUGUUGUCUUGCCUAUUUUAUUUUCCUGUUGUAUCCUUUCUCGCAAGAGCGAUACCCCUUUAAUCUUCAUUUAAUUACAUUCGCAAACACUCUCGUUGGACGUGCAAUUGAAUACAAUGUCAUCCUCUGUUCACUUCAAGUUCAAAUCUCAAAAAGAACCUUCAAGGGUGACUUUUGAUGGCACCGGUAUCUCUGUCUUUGAAUUGAAACGCGAAAUUAUCAAUCAGAGUAGACUGGGUGACGGAACUGAUUUCGAGCUGUCCAUCUACAAUGAAGACACCAGAGAAGAGUACGAUGACGAUACCACAAUCAUACCUCGUUCGACGUCUGUUAUAGCUCGGAGGCUACCCGCAUCGCGACCUGGAAAAGGCGGUGCUACUCGUUACGUAUCCGGAAAAAUGCCUAUAAAUGCGCGCAACGCUUCUCGUAAUGACCAAGUUUCAUCGAGCCGAACAAUGCCCAACCCUACCAAUACAGUUAGCAACGGUGUCCUAGAACUUAACAAUGCUCAGACCGAAGAAGAGAAGAUAAAUGCGCUUUUUAACUUGCAGGCUAAUCAAUGGAAAGAGCAACAGCAAGAGAUGGCUAAUGCUACACCUGUUCCGCUUGGUCGCGGGAGAGGAAAACCAAUAAAUGUCCCCGACCACCCUCCACCUCCUGGGUAUCUUUGCUAUCGUUGCCGUGAAAAAGGUCAUUGGAUCCAAGCAUGCCCAACCAACAAUGACCCCAAGUUCGAUGGCAAGUACCGAGUGAAACGUUCAACUGGUAUACCUCGUUCUUUGCAAACCAAAGUCGAAAAACCGGAAUCGCUCACAAUAGAUGGUUCUAAUGAAGAUUUGAAGAAUACAGGCGUUAUGGUUAAUGCUGAUGGUGAUUUUGUCAUUGCUAAACCAGACAAGGCGGCUUGGGAACUGUAUCAAGAAAAAGCUAAGGCUUCGGCCGCCGCCGCCGCCGAAGCUGCAGCUGCAGAAUACAGCAAGGAGCUGCAAGCACGUGGGCUAGAGUGCCCAAUUGACAAACGGAUGUUUUUAGAACCCACAAAAACGCCGUGCUGCCAAAGAACUUACUGCAAUGACUGUAUUACAAAUGCAUUAAUUGAGAGUGAUUUCGUCUGCCCAGGGUGUGGAACAGAAGGUGUCCUGCUGGAUAAUUUGUCUGCAGACGACGACGCUGUCAUCAAGAUUAAGGCUUACGAAACUGAGAAGGUGGAUUCCAAAAAAGAAAAAGAGAAGCAUUCGGCAGCUCAGGAGAAUCAAUCAACCAACAAACCAUAUGCCUCAACGGGCGAUUCAAGUAGAAAAGCAGAACUAUCGUCACCGGCUUCACCCCGGGCAGGUUUGUCGAAAUAUUCCAAGAAAAGGCCUGCAGAGGAUGGUCCUCUUGGCGAAGCCACCGAAGGAUCAAACCAAACUUCCACGCAGAAGAAGCAGAAAGCUGAAGAUAACCCUAAGUCGAUCGAGACUUCGCCAUCACAAGUUAAUGAUGCUUCAUCUGGGUUUCAGCCUCUCCCUUUCGGCCAACAAAUGCAUUUUGGUGGAUUCAAUUUCAUGCAGGCCCAGGGCAUUCCUUCAAUGGCAUUCCCUGAUGCUGGAUUCGCUGGAGAAGGGACGGGGUUCAUGAACUCGGCUGGCCUAGCUUCAUCCAAUGCUUUCACUGCCAAUAUCAGCCAAACUUGGAAUCCUAUGGGCGGUAUGAAUUUCAAUGCACUGUCAAAUGGUUUAUAUGGUGAUAGCACAAAUGGUGCAGUCAACUCUGGGUACGGCGCUACGAAUAUGUUCAAUGGGAUGGGUGACUCUCAAAUGAACAUGUUUCCCAUAGCUCAUAUGGCUGGGGGUAUGCAACAGAGUUUAGGUUUUCCCCAGGGACCAAGUAUGGGUCAUUUCUCAAACCAGCAGCGGACUACAUUCAGCACUCCGUAUGCCCGCGAAGAGGAUACAGCGUACUUCCGCCAGCCAGUUAAUCCACAACGACAUCAAGCAAGAUAUAGGAGGAUAAGGCCGAGUGAUUAUCGAGAGCUUUAAAUGCUUUACAGAGAUUCGCACUCUGUUCAUGUUUUUUCCUUUGGGUCCAUGUCAACUUGGGAGUUAUGGGACAUCUUCUAUUGUGCAUAGGAGUUACUCUUCUCUUUUCACAUCGUGUAUCUUUCUUGUUUGUAUAUCCUACACAUGUGCUGUAUACACUCACCAUAGGCUUUGCCUUGGUUACGUAACACUUGAAUUAGAAUGGAUUGGAGCGGUGUGUUGUCAAAGUUGUGGUGGUUGGCAGGUCAACUCUGGAUUGAAGCUAAACAUGAAAAGUAACCAUGGAAUGAUAACUUAGCUAACUAACUAUCAUCCAUUAGUCAUUGACACGUGACACUUAACGAACAACCAAGUCAGAUGACUGUCACCUGUG